AAAUUUUCAACUAGUUGGUUACUUCUAUUUGGAGCCGCAUUCUGUGGUAUUUCAGCAGGUCUCUUUUGGAGUAGUGAAGGUAGUGUUUUUGUUAUAUACCCGGCACCCGAAGAAAGAGGAAAAUACUUAUCCGCAUGGGCGGUAGGUAAAAACUUAGGUCCAGCCCUUGGUGGUGCUAUUAAUUUGGGUAUCAAUGCCAAACGUAUACAAGGUGGAUCAGUCGAUUCAAAUACCUAUAUUGUAUUUGCGGUAUUGAUGUGUGUCGGUUGUGGUAUAGCAUUCUUGCUGCCGUCACCGGAGAAAGUCGAAAGAAAAGACGGAUCAAAAGUCAAAGUUGCACCUCCAGUGCCUGUCUGGGAUGCUAUCAAGGCAUACUGGAGAUCACUCACCGAAAAGAGAAUACUUCUACUACUCCCACUGUUUUUCUUCUCGUUCUUCUACUACGCGUACAUGAGCGCAUAUCUCACACGGACUUUCAACGUUCGUAGCAGAGCUUUCUCAAGUUUAGUAUCACCGAUGGGCGGUGUUUUGUCGUCCUAUCUCGCAUCUUUAGUUUUAGACUCAAAGAGACUCAAAGUGCGCACGAAAUCGACAUUCCUUUUCUUCGUCUUGCUAUUCCUUCAAAUUGGGUUAUGGGUGUGGUUGUUAGUUAUACACUAUGUAUACAACAAUGAGUACAGCCAUCUCGAUUGGAGUCAUAACAAGUUUGCUAUAUUUUAUAUCCCAAAUAUCCUUUUCUUCUUCAAUUCUUAUACCGGACAAUCACUUUUUUACUGGACUGUCUCUAAUUUCUCAACUGAACUCAACGAGUUGACACGUUAUGUCUCAAUUAUAAGAUCAAUAGAGUCAAUGGGUAUGUAUAGACCAUUCUAA